CCGUUCAAAAAUACCUCAGUGAUCUUGAACGCACCCCUUGUGUCAGACAAAUAAUUCCGAUCGGCAAUGAGCGCAAAUACAAAUGUUUUCCGCAGCGAUACACGGCCACUAACACACACCAACGUUAUUUAUUUUCAUUUUUUUCUGGAUGAUAAAGGUCGGUUUGUCAGAUAAUAGGUUGAUAACGCUAAUCGAGAUAUGGCAGCAGUCAGCUUCUCCGAGGCGCUCUGUCAGCCGUGCGUUUAUCACGAGAAAUUCAAAGUUGAGCUGAAUGUGAAGAGACCCCUGAUGCCUGUCCACCUGAGUCCAGAGCAGGUGGGGCUGGAGAUGCUGUAUCUCUGUGGACAACUGGACCUUCUCAUCAGGGCACAGGUACACCAGUUCCAGGAGCAGCUGAGACGGGACUGUAGCCCUGAGGAGUCGGACACUUUCCAGGAGCAAGGAGCAGAGAUUAUUGAUCAGAUGCUCCAAUGCUUAGAACACCUGCCAAAACCUAUGCCGCACCUGGAGGACUAUCUUGACAUGGUGGGUCUGUCGACCAUGUACCCUCGCGUGGAGGUGUUCCUCAUCCAGGGCAGUCCAGUAGACAUGCUGGAGAAACCCCCAAUGGAUGAAUACUUCUCACACAUCGGGAGGCUCAAUCAGCUACUAGUACUUAGUCAGCAGCUAGAGGAGGAUGUAAAACAUCUCGGGAGCCACAAAUACAUCGCCCACCAGCUGUCAGUUAUAUAUCAAGUGCUCAGCUCAUUCCGAGGUAUCCAGCCACUGUCGGUCCUGAAGAAAGAGAUUGAGGCCAACUUCAGACAGAUGAAGACAUCUUUGCUGACAGAGGAGGGCUCCAGACAGGAGCCUCAGCUCCCAGCACACUACAUCAGCUGGAUAUUGGAGCUGACUCUUAGUAUAACGUCAACAGUCUCCUCGCUACCAGAGGAACUCACUGAAGACCUGAGUCCAGCCAUGACCUUUGUGUCCCAGCUAUGACAUCUCACCUGACCUCACAACACCUAACAUUGUGUUACAUAUUACCAACCUGUGGAGUUACAUAUUACCAACCCGUGAAGUUACAUAUUACCAACCCGUGGAGUUACAUAUUACCAACCCGUGGAGCUGAGGGUCAACAUUUGUUAAUUUUUUUUAAAUUAAUGACCGACAGACCCAACCAGUGAUUCAAGAAUGAUGUUUUGACAUGUCACUGUCAUUUUAUUGAAUAGGGUCCUGAGCUCUCAUUGGUUAAGUGGAUGAAUGUUAAUGAAUGUGUUAGGCCAAAUGUCUAAAAAGAGGUGCUAAAUAAUGUUACUGUAUGAAAUUGCAUUUGAACAAAUUAAUGUUUACAUUGGCCAAUAAAUUAAAUUGAGAUAAGCCUAUAGACUGAAAAUCUUCUGAAUUUCAAUAACAGAGAUUGACCACGAGUCAUAGAUUUGAAAGAGAACAGGCUAAUCGUGCAAAUGGUGCUCGUUUAAUAAAGUUAGAUCAAAGAGAAGAACGACUUCCCCCCCGCACCUUCUCAUUGAAGCCACAGAAGUUCAAGGCCGAUCGCGGUAGAGCAUGCAUUGUUAGCGGAAAACAGGAUAGUGAAUGGAAAAAUGGAAAUCCUUAUGGUCAAUCUUCGUCUAAAUAAAUACACAUUUGAAAGAAAA